CAGUAAGCUGUCGCUCCGCGCACGCUCACUGAGAUUCGAGUUUCAUUGGACGGCGGUUGCCCCUGGCAACGGGUAGCGACGCAUUCGCUGCGGGGUGGACGCCAUUUUUAAUUCCCGUUAAAAAUAUGUGCACGCAUUAACACGCGACUCUGAGCUGACGCUCGCUCUGCAGAAUUGGUCUGAUGGAGCAAAGGCACUCAGCGCAGCUCGGUACAAGAAGGAAACAAUGCAACCAGAAUGCAAACAUCACUGAUUGUACUGGAAACUUGACACAGCACCAGAUAAUACACACAGGAGAGAUGCCCUUCAAGUGCAGUGUGUGUGAGAAGGCAUUUUCAGAUUCAUCUACUCUUAAACAACACCAGAGAACACACACAGGAGAGAAACCUUUUAAGUGCACUCUGUGUGGGAAGGCGUUUGCAAAGUCAUCAAAUCUUAAGACCCACCAGAGAACACACACAGGAGAGAAACCUUUCAAGUGCACUGUGUGUGAGAAGGCGUUUGCACAGUCAUCCAUUCUUAUAUCACACCAGAGAACACACACAGGAGAGAAACCUUUCAAGUGCACUGUGUGUGAGAAGGCGUUUGCACGGUCAUCCAUUCUUAAAUCACAUCAGAGAACACACACAGGAGAGAAACCUUUUAAGUGCACUGUGUGUGGGAAGGCAUUUGCAAAGUUAUCAAAUCUUAAGACCCACCAGAGAACACACACAGGAGAGAAACCCUUCAAGUGCAGUGUGUGUGAAAAGGCAUUUUCAGAUUCAUCUGCUCUUAGAAGACACCAGAGAACACACACAGGAAAGGAACAUUUCAAGUGCGCUGUGUGUGGGAAGGUGUUUGCACAUUCAUCAAAUCUUGAAAGACACCAGAGAACACACAAGCAUCAGAAAAUCAACAAGAACUGUAAUCUGAAAUCAGCUUGUGAAAGUCAAAGUGCUGCAAUGACCCCAUUGUUCAUGAAACAAGAACCAGAAGACAAUCCCAGCCUGGACACUUUGAAAGGUAUCAAGGUGAAAUAUGAAGAGGCGAAGGUGAAAUGUGAAGAAGUAACAGUGAAGAGCGUAGAAGUGAUGGUUAAAUGUGAAGAUGUUUCAACUCCAAAAUUGGACCUUCACAUAGGUGGAGGCAGUGUGAAGCAGGAACUAAAUUCUGACUGUGAGGCAGAGCGAGGCAACUCCCAGGAGUUUGUGGAUGUGGAGGUGUGGGUGGACUUCUUAGACAAUACAAAGUCAAAUGGAGACCAGGUAGAUGUGCAAGCUUAAGACAAGUACGCUCCAAUGGAUGCACCUUUGUCACAGGCCUUUCUAAUGAAAAUAAUGUGAAGUUGAACACUCAAUUUCUAGGUUCAAACUACAGUGUAAGAGAGGCCAGUAUUUGUGGAUCUGUGGGUUGGGUCGUUCUCGAAUCAGGAGCGACUCAAGUGUUUUCUAUCAUAUAUCAUCUUAAACACUCGAAGGGUGCCCAUAAUGGGCAUCUGCCCCUGUUUGUCACAAGGUGAUUGUUCACUAGCCUGCAUGUGGAUAUGAGUUUGUAAGUCGGGGGUGAUGAUUGAUAUGCCAGUCGGAUUUGAACCUUUAACCUCUGCAACAAAUAGAGAAUGUACUACUACUUGGCUUCCCUUUAUGAGAGUGCGGCACAUAUAGGCCUAAUCUCGCCAGAUCAACUUGUAAAUACGUUGCAACGUGACGCAGUACAUUUCAGUAUAGUAAUAAAAUGUUGCCAAUGUGCCUUUUGAUUAUUUUGAAUCAUAAUUGAAAUAAUACCUGUCUGAUUCUGUACGUACAUACAAUAUUUUGUGUAUUAAUGUCAAACAUGGAAUAUGUGAUGUCCGGACAAAGUAUCUGUUUUGGUGGUAAUCUCUACAUAUAACUCACAUGAGAGCUGUUGUUUUUGUGAUACGGGUCAAAGGGUAUUUUUGUGAAUCAGGACGCAUCGGACUCUGGGGCAACUCAUUGUCUUUGAAAUCUGGAGCAUAUAUCGGAUCAUUCAUCAGUUAAGGUAUGCCACUUAAAAGUUACGUAUAGGAGAUACAUUCUCCACAAGAACACUAAUUAUCAUUUUGUACUACGUAUAUACAUUUUUUUGGAACUGAGACUUGAAAUGGACCUUGCUGAUGAACAUCUGUUGAAGCAGGCUGGACUGUUGAGACAUUGUUCACAAACCAUUCCACAAGUGGCUUGUACUGAACACAUGCAUUCCUAAAAGGUGACCUGUGAAGGCUCUAGGGUUUGACUUUUAGGUAGCUAAUGGAGCCCGAGACAAAUCACAGCCAUUUGUGGAUGUGGAGGUUUGGGAGGACUUUUCGGACAAUGUAGAGUAGAAGCAGACAGCAUGUGUGACCAUAAGUGUUGGAUAGACCUGUAACCAAAAGCAUGAGACACGGUUUCCCAAUGUUUAUUUCAAUUGUUUGGUUUUUAGUUGAUUUGGAAUACAGUACUUAUUUCAAUUGUGAUGUAAAUUUUAGUUGACGUUUACCUAACGCCAUUACUUGGGUAAGGCCGACGUAUUGAAAAUCGCGUUUUUAGCUGUCGCGUGGCACUUUCCAAGAACGUAACCUCCGAUAUUCAAGGAGCGGCUGUAUUUUAUGUCGAUCGAGUACAGCUGGGGAGUACGGAUUUUUACUAGAAACUAGAUCUCUGCUUUCUUGAUGUAAUUAAGGCCUAUGGUACCAUAAAGAGGCUUGGUGCUUUGGGUUCCUUAAUUUCGAUGUCUCUGCCUCUGCUCACAUUCGUUGAGGAUUUUUAGGAUUUUGGGCAGGCCCAUCUAAAGGUGCGUGACCAGGAGUUGGAGCCAUUUCCUGUUCAACUCCGCUUGUGACAGAAAUUCACUCUGGCCCAAUGCAUUACAUUACAUAGCAUCUUCAAUAAUUAUGUAGUUUGAGAAGCUCACAAUGGCCGUAUAAAUAAAUUGCAUUUGUUGCAGUUACAAUAAUUCGCUUUUCGAUGACUGGUUAUAGUUAAGGGACCAUUCCCUGCUGGUCAGCACUGUUUUAUCUGCUGAUGAUCUGGUAAUGGCUACUCAAUGAGAUAGAGUUAGGGAAUCUUGUUCUGAUGCCUGAAUAAUUCCAUCAUGAAAUGCGGCCUUGCAUAUGUUCCACAAAAAUAUAUCACCUGCUUGGGAAUCCAUGUCCUACAACACUGCACCUGCUCAGCUCUCCAAUAAUAAUCAGGCAGUUCUACAAGUGGUGGAUAAAUUCCCAUACCUGGUUCAUGUGUCGAACAGCAUUAUUUUUUAGACUGUAACACUGUGGAAGCUGCCUGGACUUUGGCUGCAUACAAAUCUGUAUGAGUGUCCAUCGCCAAGAUCAAGUCCAUCUGAGACCAUCCCUCUCCCUGCCAUACUGGCAUCACACCCGCCCCUCACCCUUCGAUCUGCAGAUGGCGGGCGCACUGGAGGGUGCCACGUAGCCAUUUCAGGCUGGGCCAGACCGGGAAACGUGGGUCACCCGGCCACAAGGUGCUUGUUGGCAAACACAACCCCUGGGCCGGGCCCCAGGGAUGAUAUUGUGAUGCCACAGUGGCGAAGCCGCUCUGCCGGCGCCGCACCCGCGAUGCCCACACCACGGAGCAGCCUGGCCAACGCUGCUCUUCCCUCACCACCCCCCACAUGAACACACGCACACACCCCCACCUAGAGCCUCGCGGGAAAGUCACCUGGCCCACAGGUUUUCACCCAGGAGCCCUCAUCGUGGGGAACCUCCACGGUUUCCUGGAGCCAGGGGAUUGGCCGAGGCUUCCCCGAGGUUAAAUGGCACUUCGGCACCGUGAAUUAAUGUGAAAUUACACGGUCACGACGAGGCUACUCAGAAACCGGCACGAUAUCAGGUACCCCUGAGGCCGUUCCACAUUCGUUGGACGAACCAGCUGGUUGGGAUCGACCUACAGGGGCCAUCUCCCCGAUUCCACCGGAGCAACCAAUAUAUCCUCGUAGCAGUGGAGUACUUCACACUAACCCGUGGCGGUGGCCAUCCCCGGCGGCCCUUGUGGUCGCCCAGGCAUUCGUGGAUCACUACGUACUUAAACAUGGGAUCCCCGAACGAGUCACUACCGACCAAGGUAGUGAGUUCGAGGCAGAGCUGUUUCAGGCUCUGUGCUGGGAGUUCGGAAUCCAGAAGGACCGAACCACGGCGUACCACCCCCAGGCGAACCGUAUGGUGGAGCGUUUGAACCAGACCACCAACUAGCAGGACUGGGACGAACACCUCCCCUAUGCCCUGUUCCCCUACGCCACCACAGUACACACGUCGACGGGACAGACCCCGUUCUUAAUGAUGUUUGGCCGUGAGUUUCGUCUACCCGCAGAUUUGCUGUUCGGCGUUCCCCCACCACAACCGGAGAAAGGAAGCCGCCCCAUGGAGCACCUGAUGGAGACUCUACGAGGGGCCCGGGGCCGUGCCUACCCGCAAGGAAAGGCCACGCAUCGGCGGCAGGAGCAGGGCGCCCGACCCCGUAUGGAAGCCCUUCUUCUUCUCGGCAGGCUCUAAGGCGUGGCUUCACACCCCUCGCCUCGGCACGGGAUAGGUGGGGAAACUAACGACCUACUGGCAUGGACCCUGGACCAUGGUGCGGCAGAUUUCCCCCUGGACGGUGCUGAUCCAGGGUGGGGAGAGGGGCCGAGAGAUGGUGGUCAACGUCCGCCGAUUAAAACUAUGGAAGGCAGCCCCGGCGAGGGAGGACCCCGCCAUUUGGGUGCCCCGAAAUCCUGGUGUCCCCACACCCCGCAUGCUCGGGGGCCUCGCAUGCUAUAUGGGCCCCGCAAGGCCCUGGGCCCCGAAAGGCCCUGGCCUAGCCGGGGGACUGCGGGGGCGACGGCCCCUAAAGCCUUCAGCCUCUGAGUUUGUUCCCCAGCCUGCAGGUGCCUAGGGACAAAAGGAGCCGCUGGAGUGGAGAAGGAGACCACCGCGGGAACCCCCAAGGACAGAGCCACCACCCCCGAGGCCGGCCACGAGGGCCGGGCGAGUCCCAUGGACCCCGUGGCGCUACCUCGUGGGGGCAGCCCAGGCGAGGUGCUCCAGUCAACCAGGGACAGGGACAGGCACCUCGGGGUCUAUGUGAUGCCACAGCGGCGAAGCCGCUCUGCCGGCGCCGCACCCGCGAUGCCCACACCACGGAGCGACCUGGCCGAUGCUGUUCUUCCCUCACCACCCCCCACAUGAACACACGCACACACCCCCACCUAGAGCCUCGCGGAAAAGUCACCUGGCCUACAGUUUUUCACACAGGAGCCCUCCUCGUGGGGAACCUUCUCCACGGUUUCCUGGGGCCAGGGAAUUGACCGAGGCUUCCCCGAGGUUUAAUGGCACUGCGGCGCCGUGAAUUAAUGUGAAAUUACACGGUCAUGACGAAGCUACUCAGCCACCUCGGUUAAGACACACACAACACAGACGGGUUAGCAGGCAGGUAGGGGGCGGAGCCACGAACGGCGGGAAACCAGGGUAAGCAUCUGAUUGGAAGGGUGGCUGAUUUUUAUAGCUUAUGUUAAUGAUCCACGUGCAAUGUAUGUGUAUAUAAGACUUUAUCUAUGUGAGGAGCGGUGGCGAAGUUAUAUCACUGCAUUAUAAAUUCAACAAUUAAGAGUUUGAUAAUCGUCGACAGCAAACAUCAUUGAUAGGUGAAAGCUGAACUUAUUAUGGACUUCUAUGUUGAUUGAUCCUCAAUUAAUUACAUGGUGAAGUGAGGAAACAUUAAUACUGAGCAGAUGAAGGUGGCCAGGCAUGGUUCUGGACACACCACCACAUUUACCAUGCCAGUGUGUGACAGUGUCAAGUUUGUGUCUGCUGUAAAAUAUAUUAACUCCAUUGAACACGCAGGUUAAAUCAAAACAAUUGUUUAUUUCUGUUUUCUUCUGGAACUUUUUCUAAGAAUGGAUAAAGGCAGGAAAUUAACAACACAUUUCCAGCUGAAGUUAGAUCUGUUCAUCAAAGCAUUCAAACAAGUCUGAGCCUGGCUUCACGCCUCUAAGUUGCGAUUGAACAUACAUUUAUACAUUUCUGCAUAAUACAAAUAGUAUUAUUUUCUACAUCCUUUGCUAUGUUUGCUGAAUUAUUAUAAAUAUUAUUUUUGUAGCCAGACAGCAAAAAUUGUGUCCUUGGAGUUUUGAAGAUACUAGGGUUUCCAGGCAUAUGCAUGCCUUAACAGCCCGUGUGAUGAAUUGGGGAAUCUUUUUUACUAUAUCAUGAAUAUAUGAAAAAGUAUGGACGUGUAAGUCAUGUGUGACAGUGUAUAUAUGUGUAAUAUGAGGAUAUAUCCGGCUCACUGAUGUAUCACAACUCGUCAUGGUGAUUGGCUCUGCCGGUCCUGGUUUACAGCCAAUGGGGGGAAGCCUGGGGGCAUGGCCCUGGUGUGACGGAAAGGUACACAGCUAUAAGGAUUGGUUUUGCUGGCUUUGGCCACAGCCAAUGGGGAGAUGAGUCAGGGGCGUGGUCCCGGGAGAUGACGAGGGAGCCUGGAAGAUUCCAUGCAGGCUAACGAGGAUUGGCAGAAACGUACCACGUAACCCAGGUAUUAAAUAGGGGUGGAGACGAACGACACGUGGUCAGAAC